CGUUACAGAACACCUGAACAAUGUCCAACUGUGGUGUCCCUCCUGUCAGAGAGCUACAACCCCCAUGUUCGAUAUGGAGCAGCCAUGGCCCUGGGUAUUGCAUGUGCUGGAACGGGAAGCAAGGAUGCUUUGAGUAUUCUUGAGCCCAUGUUAAACGAUUCCGUCAACUAUGUGAGACAGGGCGCCCUCAUUGCUUCGGCCAUGGUUUUGAUCCAGCAGAACGAAGUCACUUGCCCUAAGAUGGCCCAUUUCAGAAGCAUGUACAGCAAGACAAUCAGCGAUAAACAUGAAGAUCUGAUGGCUAAGUUUGGUGCUAUCCUAGCUCAGGGGAUCAUUGAUGCUGGUGGCCGUAACGUGACAAUCUGCCUGCAAUCAAGGACCGGCCACACCCAUCUUGCUUCGGUGGUAGGGAUGCUGGUGUUCCUUCACUUCUGGUAUUGGUUCCCCCUGGCCCAUUUCCUUUCCUUAGCAUUCACCUCUACCGCUGUCAUCGCUCUCAACUCCGAUCUUGAGAUGCCUGUGAUGGAGUUUAAAUCCAGCGCCAAGCCAUCCCAUUAUGCUUACCCACCCCCUCUGGAGGUACCAAAGGAGAAGGAAAAGGAGAAGGUAGCCACCGCUGUCCUCUCGAUCACCGCCAAGGCCAAGAAGAGAGAGAAGAAAGAUGCUGAGGAGAAAAUGGUUGUGGAUGAAGCCGAGGGUGCAAAGGAAGACGAUAAAGAGGUCAAGAUGGACACCAAGGAGACUCCCGACCCGAAGGCCAAAGAUGACAAGACCAAGGAUGCAGAGAAGACCAAGGACGGAGAGAAAGGGAAGGACGGAGAGAAAGGGAAGGACGGAGAGAAGGGCAAGGAUGGAGAGAAGGGUAAAGAUGGAGAUGAGAAAGAGAAGGAGAAGAAGAAAGAGCCAGAACCCUUGUUUGAGAUGCUAGGUAAUCCUGCCCGUGUCAUGUCGGCUCAGCUCAAGGUUCUCUCCAUUCCGGAGGAGUGCAGAUACAAGGCCAUCAAAGCGACAUCCAUCGGAGGUGUCCUCAUGGUGAAGGAUCUCAAAGACUCUGAGCCAAAGAUGAUUGUCAAAGAUGUCGCUGCUGGUGGACCAAAGAAAGCUGAAGAUGAGGAUGAACCAGAACCCCCUGAACCAUUUGAAUGGACCGAUGAAUAAAACACU